GUGCUUUUGUCGUCGUCGUCGCUGUCGACUUUGCUGCUUGCUUGCUUGCUAAGCUCGAGUUAGGGUUUGGUUUUUUCCGAAGUACUACUCUUUUCGCCUUGUGUUUUGUUUGCUCCCUGCUGCCCCUCCCCUGGUUCUGCUCGAGGUUCUCGACUUCAGUUUCGUAUUUCCAGUUACCGCCGUUGCUGCAGCUAUGUCGUACCUUUUGCCGCAUCUGCACUCGGGAUGGGCGGUCGACCAGGCCAUCCUGGCGGAGGAGGAGCGCGCUGUCGUCAUCCGGUUUGGUCACGAUUGGGAUGAGACUUGCAUGCAGAUGGAUGAAGUUCUUGCUUCUGUGGCUGAGACGAUCAAGAAUUUUGCUGUUAUAUAUCUUGUUGAUAUUUCAGAGGUGCCAGAUUUCAACACUAUGUACGAGCUGUAUGACCCUUGCACGAUAAUGUUUUUCUUCCGCAAUAAACAUAUUAUGAUCGAUCUCGGUACGGGAAAUAACAACAAGAUCAAUUGGGCUCUGAAAGACAAGCAGGAGUUCAUCGACAUUGUGGAAACUGUGUAUAGAGGAGCGCGAAAGGGGAGGGGUCUGGUCGUCUCCCCGAAGGAUUACUCCACCAAAUAUCGUUAUUAGAAUUUUUAUUUCACUCUGAGGAAAGCAAUUUGUUACUCGGUUGCAGGUACAUCCGCAUUUCUUGACCUCAGCAGUCUCAUCCAUAGCAGCAACCUGCGCCUCAGUGGGAACGAAGUACAUUAUUAGUUAAACUUCUAAGUGUAGAGUAAGUUGAAAAAUGGAGACCCGCCUAGGGCCUUGCGUGGUCUUCCAUAUCUUCAUAAUGUUGUCAAAGAAGUAACUUGAAUAUUGUUCCUGUUUUAGUUAACUUUGUGGAAUUGUUGUGUAGAACUUUCCUCCCUAGAGUUGUGUUCUCAUUGGGAUGAUGCAGGUCGAAGACGCUCAAUCCUUUAGCAUUACCAACUGAAAUGGAUCAAGGGAAACCUGCAGGUUUGGGUUCAAUGUUUCCAUUUUUAUCCUAGCAUUCUUGACAUGUAGUGGCGGAACUUAUUGAACUUCUAAACAAUGUUUCAAUGUAUUUCAAUACCAAGAAAUAAUAUGUACCCACUGUGUAAAUGGUCA